GACGCGUGAUAGGGUGAAGAUGGGGAUUGUGUCUUCCCCCAUCAUGAAAUGACCAGAAAAAAAGCUUUGCAAUCUUAUUUCUUUGCCUCCCAUAAAUAUAUCCCAUCACUUCUCUCAUGUCCCCACCCUUCCUUUCCAACCAAAAAUCCACUCCACUUUCUCCUUUCAGGGCUGCUCAGGUUGUUGGGUUUUCGCAAUACAUACAUGCAUCCAUUUAAUGCAAUGCGUGCGUGAGGAAAGCUUGGAGCUUUUCCACAAAAACUUCAAGAUUUUUUCUUCCUUCUUCUUGGGAACACAAAACAAUUCCUUCUAUCUUCUGUCUUUGCUUCAUUUCUUGCAAGAAUUGGAAGAAGAAGAAGAAAAUGAUCACAGUUUCAGAUCUUUACCAUGUUCUUACUGCAGUGGUUCCAUUGUAUGUGGCUAUGAUCUUGGCUUAUGGGUCAGUGAAAUGGUGGAAAAUCUUCACCCCGGGGCAGUGCUCCGGGAUAAACAGAUUUGUGGCUCUCUUUGCCGUUCCUCUUUUGUCUUUUCACUUCAUCUCCACCAACAAUCCAUAUGAGAUGAACUACAGGUUCAUAGCUGCUGACACUCUGCAGAAAAUCAUUGUCCUUGUGGUUUUAGCCGUGUGGUCAUGGACCAGUUCCAGGGGGUCCCUUGAAUGGUCCAUUACUCUGUUCUCUGUCUCCACCCUCCCUAACACACUUGUGAUGGGCAUUCCAUUGCUGAAGGGCAUGUAUGGGGAUGCCUCUGGGACUCUCAUGGUUCAGAUUGUGGUGCUUCAGUGUAUUAUCUGGUACACUUUGCUGCUCUUCUUGUUUGAGUUCAGAGGUGCCAGAUUGCUGAUUGCGGAGCAGUUCCCUGACAAUGCCGGCUCCAUUAUCUCCUUCAAAGUUGACUCUGAUAUUAUCUCCUUGGAUGGGAAGGAGCCAUUGGAGACUCAAGCUGAGGUUGGAGAGGAUGGAAGGCUUCAUGUGACUGUGAGAAAAUCAACCAGCUCAAGAUCUGAAAUUUUCUCCAGGCACGGCCCAAACUCUGGGCUUUCCUUCACACCCAGAGCUUCAAAUCUCUCUAAUGCAGAGAUUUACUCUCUGCAGUCUUCAAGGAACCCAACUCCCAGAGGCUCAAGCUUUAACCACACAGAUUUUUACUCCCUGGUGAACGGGAAGAACGCAAAUCUGAGCCCAAGGCGGUCCAAUUCUGGGUUCGAUGAGGAGAUUGGUUUUGGAAGGGGUUAUGCUGGCUAUCCUGCUCCGGCCAGUGCCGGAAUAUUCUCUCCGAUGACUGCGCCGGCGGCCAAGAAGAAGGCCAAUGGGACCGAUAGUGCUGGCAAAGAUCAUCACAUGUUCGUCUGGAGCUCCGGUGGUUCUCCGGUGUCUGAAGGUGGAAUUCAUGUCUUCAGGAAAGGUGACUAUGGCCAUGAACUUGCUGUUGGUGCUCCUCCAAAAGAUUAUGAUGAAUUUGGAAGAGAUGAUUCGAGGCAAAACCCGAAUGGAAAUGAGCGAGAAGGGCCUGUGCUAUCCAAGCUUGGCUCGAGCUCGACUACUGAACUCAAUGCAAAGGUUGCUCCAGAUGCGAAGCCUGCAGCUAUGCCUCCUGCAAGUGUCAUGACCAAACUCAUUAUGAGUAUGGUGUGGCGGAAGCUUAUUAGGAACCCGAAUACUUACUCCAGCCUCUUUGGCAUUGUUUGGUCUUUGGUCUCGUUCAAAUGGCAUGUUGAGAUGCCUGCGAUUGUGGCCAAAUCGAUAGCUAUUCUGUCGGAUGCUGGUCUUGGAAUGGCAAUGUUUAGUCUUGGUUUAUUCAUGGCAUUGCAGCCUAGAAUGAUUGCCUGUGGGAAAACAGUUGCUUCCUUCUCCAUGGCUAUAAGGUUCAUUACUGGACCUGCUGUCAUGGCUGCUGCUUCCAUUGCAGUUGGCCUUCGAGGCGUCCUCCUGCACAUCGCGAUUGUUCAGGCAGCCCUACCCCAAGGUAUUGUUCCCUUUGUGUUUGCCAAGGAAUACAAUGUCCAUCCUGAUAUCCUCAGCACUGGAGUGAUAUUUGGGAUGUUAGUAGCUCUACCCGUCACUUUGGUAUACUACAUCUUGCUGGGACUUUGAAGCAGAAGUUGAAAAACAAAACCAUAGUAAAAAAAAAGAAAAAAAAGAUGAGACCACAUCUUUAAGGCCAUAUUUUGGCCUCUAACAGAACAGUAGAAGAAUUAUGGAUACCAGAGAGGAGAAAGUAGAAAGAAUGGCAGAAAUAGAGAAGAUGAUGAUGUAGCAAAGUGGGAAGGCAGCUAGUAGAAUAUUAUUUUUGUUGCUUUUUAUUUUUUUUGUCUUCUUUUUUUUAUUUCUUAUUCUGAAACCCUGUGGCUUAGUCCUUUUUAAUGGAGAAAGUGAAGUUUGUUUCUAGUUCA